AUGGAAUUUGCCAAUUAUGACGACUAUGAGGACUAUCAGAAUCCCUUUGAUGGAAUGGAUUAUGAUGGUGUCAUGGAAUGGCUUGAUGCGCAUAUGGACGAGUUGGAAAGUAACGGGAUUGAUCCAGAACACUUUUUGAGGGCGAUCAAGGAGGAGUUCUCCAUGCCAAAUGGUGCUGGUGGAGCCGGCGCUAGUGCUACCCCUGCUCCCCUUUCGACGGAGGAGAUUCUCCACAAACUGCCCAUCUUCUUGGGCCAAUGUUCUGGCCAAGUUCUUUCACAGGCGUUUGAUAAUUUCAUCUUCCCGGCUGUUCUUGCUGUCAUGCUUCAGAUCUUCGCACACGGAGGAAUGGACAUUCCAAUCAGACACACAAUGUCCUUCAUUUCCGGCUUCAUGCUCCUCGUCAAAUUCCACACAGUUGCUCUUGGCGUCUUCGCCCUUUCUUUUGUCAUGUUUUGGAUCAAUAUCGCCUCGGCAAUAAGCAAGAAAUAUCUCGUCAUUCUUCUCCCUGCAUCUGCUCUCGUUGCAGAGCUUUUUACAGGGGAAAGUUGGGGAGGGCUGAGAGGACCGAUGUUGGUUUUCUUGCUCAAGUUCUUGUCGGUCGUGCUAACGGAAGAUUUGACAGUGGACUUGAAUGACAUGAGUCAAGUGAUGAGUUUGAUGGGUUAUUAUUUUCAUCCAGCUACGAUGUUACUUGGGCCUUGGAUUCCCUUCAGUUUGUACAAGAAAAGUAUCGAGACGCCAUCAUUUCGAAUCACCUCGCUUAUUUUGAUCAUCCCUGGCGCUCUAUUUCUCAUUUUCUCCACUUGCGUUUCGUCAUUAUUCGAAAAGAGCACCGGUUGGAUUGGAGAAGUUAACGAUACAAUUUCUUUUCACUGCAGCAACUACUACAUUCUUUAUUUCACACAAGUUCUUGUUCUUCUUGCAGGAGCGCAAACGGCUAAUAAUUUCUGCAGUCCGAUGAAGGUGUUCUUUCCAUUUGAACUUUACGAGGUCUGCCGAGCAUGGAAUUACCCAGUUCACGAGUUCCUUCGAAAGCAUGUUUUCCUCCCUCUCAAAGCAUCUUCCUCCACCUUCCGAGCGAUUAUGAUGACUUUCUUUAUAAGUGCGAUCCUACAUGGCUUGAAUUUCCCGAUUUUCGCUACGCUCAUGAUUCUGGGACUUGGAUCCUUUUCCGAAUUCGAGUUUCGUCGAAAAGUUGGUACGAAUUUCAACCUUCCACGAAUUCUCCCAUCGUCCAUUCAAGCAAAAAGAGCCGCGAAACUUGCGAAAGAUCCUCCUAUCAAGAAACCUGGCGAUUCUGACACCUCUGAAGCUUCGGACGAAUCAUUCCUGAGAGCGUUUAUUCAGGCCUUUAUCAAUUUUUCUUUUCUUUUGCUGAAUUAUUACCACUUGUUCUUCGUCGGAAGCGUUUUGGAAGCCAUGAUCUCCCGAUGA